CAGCAGUCGGGUUUCAGAAGCAGUUGAGGUGCGCGGUGAAAACCCGCAGAGGAAACGGGAAGAGCGAAACCGCGGACUGUGAGAACAGCUGACUGCAAUCCUUCGGGUCUGGGAAGGGUUGCAAAGAAAAUAGCGAGGUUGACGAACCUUUUUGCGGGACUCUGUCUAAGGAGAGUUAUUUUGUUUCUGAUUGGUAGAGCCAUGGCUACAGGGGGUGGUGAGGACCCCUUCAAGCCCAGCCCGAACAAGGACAGUAAACCACCGCACCCCCCGGUGACAGAGGAGCACGUGGUGGAGGAGACAGAGGGGGUUUUCAACAGCUACGUCUUCUACCGAUACCACCAGGAGAGAGAGCAGGAGGGCAAUGACCUGCCCAGGGACCCCGAGAUCAUGGCUCUGCGCCCCAACGGUGCCAGCACCACGGCCCGGGUUGGGCAGCAGCUGGCUCUUAUUGGCGACGACAUCAACAGCCGCUACGACCUGAACUUUACCAACAUGCUUUCUCAGCUGGCGCUCACCCCAGAGAACGCCUACGACUACUUCUGCAAAAUAGCCAACAGCCUGUUCGACUCUGGGAUUAACUGGGGCCGGGUGAUCGCUCUCCUCGGCUUCGGCUACAGGAUGGCACUGCAUGUCUUCCAGCAGGGCAUGCGAGGGUUCCUGAGCCGCAUCGCCCGCUUCAUCGCCGACUUCGUCUUGCGCAACCGCAUCGCGCAGUGGAUCGCGCAGCAGGGCGGCUGGGUGGCUGCUCUGGACCUGGACAACGUCUAUCUGAACUACAUGCUAGUGUUGGUGGCCGUGGGGCUGGCGAGCCUGUUCAUAGUGAGACGCUUCUUCAGCUCGUGAUGGGACUCCAGCCACAUGCUGGCCACCACGAGCCAGAGAGCCAGCACCUCCACCAGGGGCAGUACCACCGUGGGGGGUAGAGAGAGCGAGAACAUUUUCAGGGACUGUACCACUGGGGUGGGAGGAGAUGAUAGACAAAACACUACCUGGAGGAUAUUGUAAAAAUAUAUAAAUAUUUAAAUGAACUGAAAAAUCAUGUUCAGGGAAAAAAAAAAAAGUCACAGUUUUGUGCACAGCUUUUAAAUAAAAAGAUUUUAGACACCCCCCCCCCCCCCCCCCCCCGAGACGAUCGAGUGCUCAGGAUUCCUCAGGAACGUCACAGCAGUCUUCUGACCAUCCAGCUGACAAACGUUUAGGUGAAUGGCAGGACUCUCCAGAAACGCCCUUGUUGAUGUCAUUAAUGCUGCUAGGGCUGUCCGUUUACGUUGUCUUGGACUAGUUUUUGAAUUUCAUGUCCGUUUCUUUCUUGCACAAUAACAACAUAGUGAAUCAUCAGUUCUCUUGAUAGUCUGUCGGUUUUACCGGUUCAACGUACUUACCUCACACCCCUGCAGCCUGCACGGCAGUAAUGGGAAUGGUGCUUGUUGCAAACUAACAUGUACUACCUGACUUCAGUGCUGUAUUCGAAUGGCUAUUCAAAAGUACAGGUUCUUCUUUCAUUCUGCCAGAUACCUCAUUGUUGGAAGCUAACAGUACCCAGCCUCCCGCUCCCCAGUAAACCUCCUAUGCGGUGUGAUUAACAUCAAUGGCAUUGACUUGCAGUGCCCCAUUCCGUUUCUGCUGUUCUACUUUCACUGUUGAGAUUAAUGGGUGCAGAAGAGAACAGUGCUUUAUAACUCGGGGGACCUAAAACAGCGUCAAGUCAUUUUAAAACAGGCAGGCUGCUUGCUUCCAACCACAUUAUUGGAGAACCUCAAACCUGUUUGAAUAUUGAUCUUCAGACCUACUACACUAUGCACCCAGAAACUUUGUACUGUAUGUAAAAAUUAUCUGUAAAAAAAGACUUGCACUCAAUGUGCAAGAAUGUUAGAAUCAGUACUUUAGAAGUGCCUUUACAGGUGUAUUGCUGUUGGUACUUCCCUUAACAGAAACCGUUGGGUAACCCUAUGUAUCACUAUAUUGGACCAGGCGAUAUCGAAAUUGGACCAGGCGCGUUCCCAGAGAAAUAGUUCUGCACUCAGACGUGGCACAGCUUUAUGUCUUCAUGCAGAUGCAGCACGGCCAAUCAUUUGCAUAAGUCCUAUUUACCUGUUCCUGAACUCAAAAUCCAAAUACCCAGGAAAAGACACAGUUGGAGCGAUGGAUAGAUAGAGGGUGGGAUUGGCUUCGACUGGGCUGACGCAAGUGUCGUUAGUACUUGGCUUUGUAUUGGAACAAGGUGAUGGCUACUCUGUGGUUUAGUGAUGCAGGAGGAAAUAAUGCGUGUGUGCGUCUUAAUAAAGGGAUCGUUGUCAGAUAUUUUAAAAUGUACACUUUUUUGGAAAGUGAGUGUUUUCAGAUCAGCCAAGUGCCUACAUGUGGACACAGUCACGGGUAGUUUUGAGUCUGUAAGCGCUGUCUCUAAAGCCAUGGCUACACCAAGAGGUCACCGGUGGAGCAUGUGGGGUGGGGGGGGUGGGGGGGGGGGGGUGGCCAGAGCUGACGUCACUUUUAUCAAAGCUCCUAGUGAACAGAGUAGCUGUGCCUCCAGCUCCAGUAUUAACCUAAUGCUGCUAACAGUCCAGAUUGAACCCAUGCGCUGUUAGGAGUUCUCCAGAGGGCAGGAGCCUGGGGCUUUGUGUUAAAGGGACUCUGAAGACACUCUGACACAUGCAUUAACUUUAGGAGGAGUGUAUGGUUUUAAUAAUGUGAAGUGGAAAGCAUGCCUGCAAUCGAGGGGGGCUUCACUCUCUAGGGAUGGGGCUACAGAUACUGCACUUUCCUUUUAAGAUCCUGUGAAAAACUGUAUGGUUGCUGUCCUAGCUCUGUUUAGGGUGGUAUGAAUUCUGUGGUAUUUCUAUGAAAUAUGUAUCGAUAUUCUUAAUGCCUUCUCCCUAAUGGAGUCAAUCAAGUGAAACUAAAGAAUUGUACUGGAAUCUUUUUCAAUGUCUCAGAACCAGAAGUGUGCUUACCAGCUGUGCAGUAUAUCUAGAUUUUGUUUUCUGGUAUUGGAAAUACAAUCUGUCCUGUUGACCUGGGAUUGGAAAUAUACCAUCUCUUAGAUCGAAUGUUUUUUUAUUUUUUAUUAUUGCUUUUUAAACAUUAUUAGGCUGAGAGAAAUUGCUAAUCGGAUGAAAACAUACUUGACUGUUAACUAUAUAUGUGCAAAACAAAAAAGAAAUUACCGUUCUCGUUCAACUUGUGUUUUUAACCCCCCCCCCACACACACAUCCAUACAUCCAUUUCCUGAAAGCCGACAUUUUAAUGUCAUUAAUUUUGUAACUUCAUUCUGCAUUCAGAUACUUGACAAGCAUGCUUAGUUUUUACAUUUUCAAAUGCAAGAAUUGAACAGUCUCACGCUCCAGUUCAUUCCUAUACACCCUGAAAGGGCUUGAAAUGAAAUUAGACUGUGUGUGCUACUCCCUGCAAAGUGAGGGAAUGCAUUAGAGCCUGCGUGGAGCCCCCACACCUUUAGGAAGAGGACUCCCAAAGAGCUGAAACUGUCUCUAGGUCACAGCUUUACGAUGUCCCAGUCCUUGGCUCUAACAAGGUAUUUCCUUUUCCCCCCGGCACGGUGCAUGCCGAUUCCCAUGCUGAAAUGCUGCAGUGCCUUGCCAUCUGAGUUCUUUUUGGGUACGCCCCCCCCCAGGCUCACGUUCACCUAGGCAGCCUCCUCCUCCCACUCCAUGGCUUCGUUGUCGUAGAUGUGCAGAGUGAGCUUCCCGUCUUUGCUGGGGAGGGCCCGGACCCCCUGCCUCUCCUCCAGAGAGCCGCAGUCAAUCAGCCCGCUGUCGCUCUCCGACUACACGCUGGCUUUCUUCCCCGCGAGGCUGGGGCUGGGUGGCUGCCCCAGGUAGCCCUUGAUGCAGGCCGCGCAGUCCAGUCACUCCAUAGCCACCAUGAUGUCGUGGAGCCCCUGCAGGCUGCCGUUCUGUUCCUCGUAGAUCUCCAGAGCUGCAGCCGCUGGGCUCUGCUGGCACGACAUGAACCUGCCCACGAGGGUUAGCAGCGCACACGUGCUAUAAACUGCAUAGAGUGCGUUCGGAGUUAAUACUGCAGAUCUGUACAGAAACAUACACUACUUAACACAGUGAUUAGUUAACUAGUCACAGCCCUGGAAAUGCAGCCUCUUUGUAAUGUGACAUAUUCCCAUAUAAGACACAGAAACUACCCAUAUAAUAUUACUGAAUAUUAUAUGCUGAAGUCGGCACGCAAUAUAAUCAGAAGUAGUAACCCAUUGACUUGCCAACCACUCUGUUUAUUUCAAAGCAGAAGAGGUUCUACUGUACAAGGUGUUAUAAAGUCAGUACCUGUGUGUUUUAUGACUGAAGGUAUGCAUUGUUGCACACACAGCCUGGGAUUACUGCCUUUUUUUAUUACACUGACUGUUUAACCUUUGUCCGUCUCCUUGUAAUGAUUUGUGUCUGGGUUUGGAGAAUCUGAUAUGUUAAUAAAAAAUAUUAGGGACUCAAAGAGUACCUGUCAAAAA